AUGGAACUGCUUAGAAGUUUAGUUAUCUGGGUCUUGCUAGUCGCAGCCGGACCUAGAUGGCUGAUUUCGCUAUCCGCUGGUUAUCAGGUCCAAGUACGAGUACCCGUGUGGGAUGUUGGAGGCCUUAUCAAACGAGUCACUGGUUUCACCAAGGGUCAUGUUAGUAAUCAGAAAAAGAAAGAUCGACCCAACCAGGAAGAGUUUUGGCCGCCUUAUUAUGGAUACUACGAUCCUUCUGCGAUACUUUAUCCUCCUCCUCCGUUCUAUCCAUACCCUCCUUAUGUGCCGCCAACAAGUCCCCCGUGGCCAACAACUGAAUCUCCAACUGAGCCCCCAACGGAGCCACCAACUAAGAGACCAACUAAAGGUCCAACUAAAGGUCCAACUAAAGGACCAACUAAAGGUCCAACUAAAGGACCAACUAAAGGUCCAACAAAAGGACCAACUAAAGGUCCGACUAAAGGGCCGACUAAGGGACCAACUAAAGGACCAACUAAAGGUCCGACUAAAGGGCCGACUAAGGGACCAACUAAAGGACCAACUAAAGGUCCAACUAAAGGACCAACUAGACCAACAACGGAGACAACAACUGAUGCAACAACGGAGACAACAACGGAUGCAACAACGGAGACAACAACGGAUGCAACAACGGAGACAACAACGGAUGCAACAACGGAGACAACAACUGAUGCAACAACGGAGACAACAACGGAUGCAACAACGGAGACAACAACGGAUGCAACAACGGAAGCUACAACAAAUCCACCCGCCCGCGAUCUUUGCGCAGUGUACUCUUAUCUUCCGGAGUGUCAAGAAAUCAAAUCAGUGCACUUAACUAACAAUAAGCUUAGUAAUGUUUUCAAGCCACAGCAGAAGCUUUCUGUUGAAACUGUACCACACUCGGUUACAUCCCUCUGUUUUUAUUAUCCCCGUUUGUGUAUGAAGCCCGAAGAAGCUCAAUUUGUACGAUUGUCAGACGAGAAUGGAAGACCCUUGCUCUUGAUAACUCCAGCAGAGGGUACAUCACCUCAAUCUCUGGUAAAAAACAAGAAAAGGCUAAGCGGAAAAAAAGAUUUUUAG